AUGACUUCUUCGGAAACUCGACGAAGCUAUCCCACAGUGGAAAUCAUCGGUUUUCAAGGACGUGCCAAAAUCGUGGUGCACUGCGUCACAACUGGGACGCCUCCUGCCCAUCAUCCCCACAAACUGGUCGGCCAGAACUGUCAGGAUGGAGUAUGUGUGGGCUACAUUGGACCAAAAAAUGACAUGCGAUUCUCUUUGAGCAACAUUGGAAUUCAAUGCGUACGGAGGCAAGAUGUCGACGAAGAACUCAAGGCAAGGUUCAACAAUUACUCCAAUCCAUUUAUAGCUUUCUCCGAUGAUCCUUCCUUGAUCAACGUAAAUUCGCUGUGCUUAUGCUUUCAAGCAUUUCUGGAAACCGAACCAAAUCAAUUCGACUACAUCCUACCGCCGGCAAUAUCCCACGUGAUUUUCGACAAAAAAUCAAAACCGGACCUGAAGAUAUGCCACUUGAGUGAUUCGGAAGCGCCAGCAAGUGGUGGAAAAAAGAUCAUUCUCCUGUGCGAAAAAGUUGACAAAAAUGACAUUGCGGUACGGUUUUUCAAGAAUACGUCGCCUCACUCAACGUGGGAAGCAUAUGGAUCAUUUAGCUCACAGGACGUUCACAAGCAGGUUGCCUUAGUAUUCAUGACACCUGCGUACUACGAUUUGACGAUAACCAAACCUGUGCAGGUAUAUGUACAACUUCAACAGCCGUCGAACUCGUUGCUCAGCAAACCAAUUAAGUUUACAUUUCAUCCUGUUCAUAAUGCACGUUCUGCUGAUUCUCCAUCACAGCCGCAAAAAGGGUUGCCAUCUUUCCAAUGCCUACGACACCAGAUGAAAAUAUCACAGCCAAACAACUCCUUCGACGUGAAUGGGGAUCCAAACAAAUCGUUCGAAGCACAGCAAGAUGAAACGAACAAUCAGCUUGAUAAUAAUCAAUCAACUGUAAAUCACUCUGAUCAACACAAAUUCACCAUUUCAAUGCAAAACUUCUAUAUUCAGUGGAAGCCGAACGAUUUCUCUGGCUGGGAAAAUUACAGCGAUGACAAUUCUUACAGUGAUAGUGUCAGUGCCGAUUACAGUGAAGUUGACACAGCCGAGAAUUACAAUAUCGAUGAUUUGCUACUGUGUUUGAGCUCAGUGCCGAAAUGCAGUAGAGUAUCAUUGGAGGAGAAAUCAUCGAGAGGCGAAAUUUCAACGACAGAAAUUGAACAACAGGAACUACAUUUUGAUCAGCACAGAGCAGAAAGUAGCGCAUCUUGGGUUUCAUCGGAUAGUUUGACAAUGCUGUAGAGACCAGUUAGUGUGAUCAUAUUUUCACAGUUUCAUAAUCAUAAAAAUAAUUCAAAUUCAAUCCCACAAUCCCACUGAAAGAAUAAAUAUCUCAACAAUUGUGAUGAUUAAAUUAUAAACAAAACUCGACCUUCAAAACAAUUUUCAAACACUUAUGCAAAGGAAACUGUUAGAACUGUUCCAUCCAAGUACAAUACUUAUUUUUUGUUCAACCAUAGUACAACAUUUUAUUAGUACCACUACAGUCUACGCGUCAUAUACUUUUAAAUAUGUUUAAGUUUAGAUUAAAAAAAAAGAUAAGCUGUAUAAUUCAUUACAAAUAACUAUCUGAAAUUUUGAUCUGUCAUACGCAGGUUACACUAGACAAUUCAAAACUGUACAUGUUUGUAAAUUAAAAUAUACAAAUUAGAAGGUGUGGAAUUCCGAGAAUAAACCCGUAGAGGAUUGCCCAUCGAUGUCAAUACUCACUAUACGAUGAGGCUUGGGACGUCUUGUCGAGUCGGUAGUCCACAGAAGAAAGAGGACGAAUUGGGCUGCUGCGUGCAUACAUUAGUGGUGUGCGUGUUGGCAGUGCAUGCCUACUCGGUUGGAUGAACGUCAACUGACAGCAAACCGAGCGGUACAUUUUAUAACAUAUUAUCUCGCAUAAUAGGGUAUCCCACAGAAGGUAAUAUACAUUAGGACUUUAAUGUACAAUUCAUCUAUCGAGCAAAACAUGCAAUUAACGCCUUAAAAAUUCAUAUAGCGAAUAUGGCAACACUGCUGUCUAAAGGUAGGAAAUGCAAAUUGUUAUUGUUCAAUUUAAUCUUAUCUCAACUAUUCGACAAUACAAUAAACAAA